AUAAAUGAAACAAAUCACAAGUUUGUUUUUAAUACAUUAAAUAUGGUUUAGUUUUAAUUACCUAUUGGACAUGUUAUUGUUUAAAUAAUAGUUAAAUAUUGAUUAACGAAAAUAGUUCGAAAGUACCAGGUAUAUCGACGGAACUUUUGCAAUGUCUUGGCCAACAAUUAGAAGCGUUGGACCCAAAUUGGUUCCAUUCUUCAAAACCGUAGCUAUAUAUUUCGUGAUAUUCAUUCCACAAGAUAAACCAUCCAUAUUCAGCGUUAUAUUAAAAUGUCUACCAAUAGUAAGCCUAAUGUUAUUCGUGAUACUUAAUGGAAUGAGCUUAGGAAAUGAAUAUAAAUAUUCCAGAAAAAUUCUUCUAGGAUUAAUAUUCUGUUGUAUAGGUGACGCUCUACUAGUAUGGAAUCAAUAUUUUGACUUAGGAAUGUUGGCCUUUAUGAUAGGCCACCUCCAGUAUAUUAUGGCCUUUGGAUUUAAACCUUUACAAGUUCCACUUGCUACUGUUUUGUUUACCUUAGGCACAAUGGUUGUAUUCUAUUUACUGCCUGAUCUCUACGGUGUGUUCUCAUUCGGUGUUCCUAUUUACAUUUUCAUAAUAACUACAAUGUUAUGGAGAGCAAUUGCAAGAGUACAAUUAUUUGAGGACUUGUGGACUUGGAGUAAGCUUUGUACGUGUGCUGGUGGAAUCUUAUUCGCACUAUCUGAUCUCCUUAUCGGUAUCGACAGAUUCAAAUUUAAUAUUGAAUAUGCACAAGUAUUAGUCAUGUCAACGUAUUACGCAGGCCAGUUUGGAAUAGCCGUAAGUGUUGUUGAUGCCACGGCUCCUAUAAAUCUUGAAAAAAAUAAAAAGGCGUAAUGUUUCAACUCCUUACUGGGAUAAUUAGCUCAAGAGUUAGGCCAAAUAUAUAAAAUAUAAUCUAAGUUAAAUGAAAAUUAGAAAAUACUUGCAUCUACUAGUUUAAUUCGAUAUAUUAGAAAUUUACUUGAUGAAACUGAAUGUUGUCAAUUUUUAAUUUCAAAAAUAUGUUAUUUUUUGCACUGUUUUUAACUGACUUUAUAGUAGAGUACAAAAAUUUCAAACUAUAAGUGCCAAUAAAUCUUUACAAAUAGGUUAAAUGUCAACGUUUGUGUGUCUUAAUGAUGGUAUAAGGGCCACAAUGCACGAUCUGGCAGGGUAUUGCAAUUUGAAGUGUUUUUAUUGAUGAUACUUUUAUAAGGUAUUUUUAUAUAGAUGAAGAUAUUUUUUAUAUACGAGUAGAACCACUAUUAUAAUGUUUUUGCCUUUUGCUAUCUUCGAACAUCUCAUGCUAAGCUCUUCUUUAGCUCCUCUACAAUUUUGUCUAUGCUCUUUGCUCUAUACAUUGCUUGCUUUAUAAGUACAUUGUAUACUUUUUAACUACCUACCUAAUUUUAUCAUAUGCUGUUCCUGGCUUCCUUAAAAAAAUACUUUAUUUUUUAGUCUUUGACUUGUCUAUACAAUCGCUAUUAUUCUCCAUAUUAGACAAGCAAUUAGACCGAUCCCAUUAGAAUAUUGCUGUUGUUAAGGUUCCCAAAUGACAAUUUUUUGUUGUUUUCGAGCCUAAUUUUCUCAUUAUACUCGCAUUUUUCCAUUUUAUACAAGACUUCUUUUAUUUGAGUUUCUUCUUCUUCUUGAUGUGCCUAUCCGUGACAAAUGUUGGCAAUCAUCAUGGCGAUUUUUAUCUAAUUUCCACAGAUGUGUUGGACCAGGUUCUGAAAUUCUUAAAUCAGGAUGUUCUUCUUCCUGGACCUCGCUUUCCAAAUAUUUUUCCUUGCAGGAUAGCUUGUAGGAGGACAUAUUUGGAUUCUGGAUUCAUUGAGUAUUUAUACUAGCAUUAUAUCUUUUCUUCGUAGAGUUGUUUCUUUUCUUGUCUCAUAGACACAAAAUACUUUUUUCUUCAAACGUCAAAUAAUGAUGACAUUACUUAUCUAACUUGAUCCUGUCAAAGUUUGAUGUCUCCGCCGGCAGCAGUUUUUUUCCCAUUUCUUUACGCGGCGGAUGGAAAAAUGUUGUCAUGGCAACAAUAUGAAACAUGUCACAAAGCAACAAUACAAAUGUCAUUAACAACAAUUAAACAUUUUUAUUUAUAGUAAUAUUAAAAGUACAAUUAGUUAAUGAGGCAUUUUCAAAAUUGAAACCGUGCAAAAAUGUUCCCGACUCUUGAUACGCAUUGGUAAUUGUUGAUGAUACUGAUGGUCGAGCACAACUUUCAGCAAUCAUUCCCGAUGUUGGCGAAUCAUGAGGGUUUAAAAUUUUUUGAGCAUUAUCGUUCUUAUUUCUUAUUGAAUCCUCUAUAUAUCCUUCGGCAACCGUGCUUGAUUUCCAGCCCCCAUGUCGUUUGAGGCAUUCUAGAUUUCCGCCUCCAUCAAUUAAAAGUGUUGCUGAAGUUCGUCGUAAAGAGUGACCCGUGUAUGCGCUUGCAUCGUUUAAAUUUAAAUAACUAGCUACUUUUUGGGCUACUGCGCUGAUCGAAUGUAUUCCCAUGACGCUUCGGUAACACUUUCCAUUUUGGUACUUGAUAAAAAAUCAUUUUUCUGUGAAAUUUUCAGGCCGCAGUGAUGCAUACUUAUUAUGAAUUGUACUAUUUAUGGUUGAAAAUUGCUACGUUUGAAGAAAAAAUAGUAUACUUUAUUCGGCAAAGAAGCGACUUUUCUUGACUUGCCCUCUAUUACGCGCCUCACAUUAGUUAAUGAGGCAUUUUCAAAAUUGAAACCGUGCAAAAAUGUUCCCGACUCUUGAUACGCAUUGGUAAUUGUUGAUGAUACUGAUGGUCGUGCACAACUUUCAGUCAUCAUUCCCGAUGUUGGCGAAUCAUGAGGGUUUAUCCCACCGACGACUUAAUUAUUUUAAUUUCUAACAUCUAGACGACUUUGAUAGUUGUCACAGUUAAUUUCAAGAAAAAUAGCGUAUGAAUUGUACUAUUUAUGGUUGAAAAUUGCUACGUUUGAAGAAAAAAUAGUAUACUUUAUUCGGCAAAGAAGCAACUUUUCUUGACUUGCCCUCCAUUACGCGCCUCAUUUCGUUCGGCGCGUAAUAUCGAGCGCGUCAAGAAAAGUCAUGCUUCUCCGCCUCAUAAAGUAAUAUAUUAUUAUUGGUUCGUCUGUGCUAAAGCUGUGAGGGCAAACAAAACAAGUUCAGCACAGUUCCAAUAAUCGUAUUACUGACAGGAUGGGGGUCCUCUUUGUCCUCUUUUCUGUAAUCGUAUGCUUCGAACUUCAUUAACUUAGUCUUGAUGUAGUGGAGAUGAAGGAUAUCUGCAUCUAACACAAUUUAAGUUCAAAGAAGCUACUGUUACUGCCUAUAUUAUCAGAACUAAAUGUUGAAAAAAUUUAAUAUUGAAAUAAAAAAUUGACAACGUUGUAAAUUGUUAGUUUUUAAAAAUAAAUUUUUAUAUAAUCGACAUUUUUGAACGUUUAUGUAACCUGUCGUAAAUUUUAAACAGUUUUUACUAGGGCUGAUCCCAUUGAUCUAUCCCUGAGCCAAAAAUAAGAAACUGUCCAAUUUCUCACUUUUAUUUUACACAAUAACACAUAUUUCCCAUCUGUUGUAGUAUUUCUAUUAUUUCUCAAAAGAAAGGCACACAUAAAAAGGUUCAGACUUGCAAUUUUUAGCUAUACAUAACAAACCUGAAGAUAAAUAAUUGUUUUGAUUUAUAAAUUGAUCAAGUAUGGCGCAAGGGGAUCAACCUGGUAAAAUUUGCCAGUUUAAAGAUGUUUAACCCGGGAGCAGUCGCGCUCACUUCUGUCACGUAAGUAGUCGCGCAUAGAGAAAAAAUCUCACAACAUACAUUUAAAUACGAAUUUAAAUCAAAUUUCUAUUUUAUAAUAUUUUUAUUUACUUGUUAUGUUAAAAAUAUCUAUUUCUAACAAUUUUAAAGCAAUUGGUUCUCACCAAAGCCAUAAAUUCCACACAAAAAAUUUAAAAAUUAAAAAAAAAUCCCACGCAUUACUACAAUCUUCCUCGAGGCACUUACGAGUGAAAAGUUAUUUUGCAAAAUUUGUAAUCAAGUUAUCACGGAAAAGGAUAAAAUGUUAGAUUUUUUCUAACGACUGCUCCCGGGUUAAUGAAACUAUAUUAUCACUAUCUAUAUGUUAUUUAUAGGGUAUUUAGGACAAUAUUUUUUGUAUAAGAAAAUGGAAGAUCUGAAAAUGGAGAAAGUUUAUUUGAUCGGAAAGAAUAUGUGAAGUUUUCAAGUUUUUAGGUUUUUAUGUAAUUUUUGCGAUAUUUGAAAGAAAAAGUUAUAAUAUAACUACUAAAUUCCACCACUUUCAUCCAAAAAAAGUUUGUUAACAAAGCUAAAUUUAGCUUUGGACAUAAAAUAGGAAUUUUUUAUGUCAAAUCACUAUUGGAUACAGAUACAGCAAUAUACAGGGUGUUUCAUUAAUAAAUAAUUGUCCAUAUAGUAACUGCAGAAACCUUAGCACAAAAUACGAGGAUUUAACCUAAAACACUUAAAUAAAAUGUGGUUCCUUACUGAGUUACAGGGUGUAUUAUCUAAAAAUUUAAAAACUAUUUUUGCUCAGCAUUUUAAAACUAUUCGACGUAUCCUUUUCAUACUUGGCAGAAAGUAUAGGUACUGUACAAACUACUAAAUUACGUUAAACAAACGUUUCUGUCUAUUACCAGAGGCGUACGACGGGGGAAAGUGAAUGGUUGACCCUUUCCAAAUUCUACGCCACUUGCGGAAUUGCUAUUUUAGUUCAAUUUUUGGAUUCCCCAAUACUUUCUAUGAAAAUAAUAUACUCUUCAUUCGUAACGAUAAAGUCAUUAGUUUUCGAGAUCUUUGAAGUUAAAAAUGAAACGACACGGUUAUUUUGAUAAAUGUAUUGUGUCACUUCAUUUUUAAUUUCAAAUAUCUCGAAAAUUAAUCAUUUUAUCGUUACGAAUGAAGAGUAUAUUAUUUACAUAAAAAGUAUUGGAAAAUCAAAAAAUUUCACUAAAAUAGCAAUUUCGUCAGUUGCGUAGAAUUUGGGAAGGGUCAACCAGCCACUAUCCCCUGUCGUACGCCUCUGGUAGUAGCUAGAAACGUUUAUUUAUCUUAAUUUAGUAGGGUGUACAGUGCCUACACUUUCUGCCAAGUAUGAUAAGGAUACGCCAAAUAGUUUUAAAGUACUGGGUACAAAUAAUUUUUAAAUUUUAAUCAUAUGAAUAAUAUUAUCAUAAAUUAAUCAAAAUAACUGUGCCGUUUCAUAUUUAACUUCAAAUAUCUCGAAAACUAAUAACUUUAUCGUUACCAAUAAAGAGUAUAUUAUUUACGUAGAAAGUAUUGGAAAAUCUAAAAAUGGCACUAAAAUAGUAAUUCCUCCGGUGUCGUAGAAUUUGAGAAGGGUCAACCAUUCACUAUCCCCUGUCGUAUGCCUCUGGUAGUAGCUAGAAACGUUUGUUUAUCAUAAUUUAGUAGGGUGUAUAGUAGUCGCACUUUCUGCCAAAUAUGAAAAGGAUACGUCGAACAGUUUUAAAAUGCUGAGCAAAAAUAGUUUUUAAAUUUUUAGAUAAAACACCCUGUAACUCAGUAAGGAACCACAUUUUAUUUAAGUGUUUUAGGUUAAAUCUUCGUAUUUUGUGCUAAGGUUUCUCCAGUUACUAUAUGGACAAUUAUUAAUGAAACCCUGUAUAACUCUUCAGCACACUCAAUAGUACACAAAUAGUCAGUUUAUACGUCUUCUCUGCCUUUUAACAUUUAAUUAUAAAAAAUAUGUUCUUCACUACUUACUAUACGAGUGAAUGUCAUAGUGAGUGUCCUUUGACGUAUUUAAGUAAUACUAAUUUUUCUAAAAGUUGCAGUAGAUGACUAACAAAAAGUCACCUAACAAUCUCAUGAUGUUCUUGCGAGUUCCUGCCCAUCAGUAAUUAAAACGUUUUGAUAAUAUACAUAACAUGUUUAGUAUUAAAUUUUGUACCAUUUUCAAUCCUGACCACUUGGGUAUUCCAUGUCCAAUAUUAGUUUUUUCAUUUUUCAGAUCUCUGGAAAUCUUGAAUAGUGGUCUGCACUCUGCAAGUCUGACAAACUUGACAAAAGUAAAUAAAUAUGUAUACUUGGGUCACCAAAAAGUGAACAAGGAAAAUCAGAAGGAGGAAAUUAAAAGAAGGAGCAGAUUGGUAUGGACAGCAUUUAGUAAAUUUUCUUAUACAUAUAUCGAAGAAACAAAUGCCACCCGUACCUAAAAAAUGGGGGUUUUUGAUCAAUGUAUUACCUGUACUACCUGUUCUUAUAUAGGUACAAUUAUUGUCAAACUUGGACAUUUACUAAGAAUAAUAUAGAAAAAAAAGCUAAAACGAAAAGGUGUAAAGAAAGACAGAUGGUCAGGAAAGGAAACAGAUGGAUGCUUAGUAGUGUACAAGACGACUCGACUCACGUAGCAAAACAAUUGAAAAUUUGCUGGAUAUACCCUAAGACAAAAUGAUUAUACAUUGAAGUGAAGACCUUAGAAUCAUAAAUGUUAAAGAGGAAGACCAUCACUUAAGUGGUCAGAGCCUAGGCCCCAGAAAAGCUAAAGACCAAGUCCUUAUGAGCCUGGCCCGGAUAAUAGAAGUAAUAUAAUACAUCCGCCCAUGGGCGCCCAUAUAAAAAUUUUUAGGGGGAGUGCAGACGUGAAGAUGUUGCACAAUUUUGUAUACUUUAGAUGACAAUGAUACACCAAGCUUAAAGCACCCGAAGGGCUAGGGGGCCACGCCCCCCCUGCCCCCCGCCCAUGGGUAUGGGCGCCCAUGCACCCGCCUUAGGAGAUCUAAGUGUCUACAGGUCUCAAAAAUGGGCCCUAUCCCGAUCUACUAUAACCAUUACCAUAGGUGAUAAAAUGAGACCAAACAACAUGCUGGUAGAGAUGUUGAAAAAGUAUCUAUUCGUUACAAAGUACUCGUUACUUACGAAUACCGAAAGUAACGAUUACUAUACAGAGAGGCCAAUCGUUACUUUGAUUACUCUGAUUACUUCGUUACUUCGUACCAAUCGUAUCAGAGCGAGUAACGACUAUUGUAUCCAUUUACUUCGUACCAAUCGUGUCAGAGCGAGUAACGACUAUUGUAUCUACAACCAGUACACUUGAUUACUUUCUACGAAUCGUAUCCCAGCGAAUAACGGACGGGACCGGUAUUUUACGAGUGUUAUCGAAUAUCGUUAUCGGUAUGAAGCGUUUUAAGGGUGUGAGCCUCAGAGCCUCACACUGUGAGGGUGAGGAGAAGAUAGAAGAUGAAACUGAGGGAGGUAUAAUGGAGGUAAAAUAUGUAAUGUAUGUCAUUAACAAAGAUCGAAUGCGAGAACCCUAUAUUUUUAUCUAGAUCUAUAUCUAUACCUAUACAAAAUACCUACCUACUGAGAAAUACGAUUCUCGAUAUGAUUACUGGUACUCAAAUACAAAAGUAAUCAUAGUAAUAAAAGUAACGAAUAUUUUAAAUGAUUGCUUUAUACAAAAGUAACGAUUUGUAACGAAUACUCUAAAGUAACUAUAAUCAACAUCACUACAUGCUGGCUAGGAUGGAAGCAAAUGGCGCAAGAUAGAGAACUCUGGAAAAAUGAGGGGGGCGGCUAUAUCCAAUGAUGGAUAUUUUUGAUGGAUGAAACGACGAAGAAAACUCUGUUAUUCUGUUGGCUCUACUUAUGGACAUGUUCCAUAGCGAUGCAUCACUAUUCUCGAGUUUGUAAAAGCCCUUCUUGGUGAUAAAUUGUUCCAUCCACUUUUAUUUAGCAUAAUCUUGAAUUUUUUGAGAUUAUCAUACUGUUUAUGUUUGUUGAUAUUACGGUAUUACAUUUGUUUGCUGUUGGACAUAGGGGUUUCCGUAGAUAAUAUUCUUUAUUUUUAAUACUUAACCAUAGUGUUAAAUAGAGAUGUUAUUUGUUUGUUCAGUUUUAAAAAUGGUUAUUUAUUAAUUACAAUAAUAAUAAAAGCCAGUAAAAUCAUGAAAACUUCUUAUAAAUCUGCGACCACUUUUCCUAGAUCUAAAUCCUUUCACUAUUAGUGAUGUAAUCAAUAGUAUUUAAACAGGUGACGUAUGAUAACAAUACAGAAUUUUAUGCGUCACUGACAAAUAUGUAUUUUUUCAUAUUGAAAAAUAAAUUUUAUUAAAUUAUAUAUUUUAAUAGAUAUUGAAAAUAUUAAUCCGAUUGAAUCAUCUCAAAAGUAGGUAAUGUAAAAUGCGUGAUGAUGACUAAUUACACUUUUUAUUUUAGAACUGUAUUUUGCUCAGACACUUAAUAUUGUUUGUUAAAACUGCAGAGAUUAUUUGAUUGAAAAUAAACUGUAGAUGAUUUACUUUUCUAACAGAAUACGCCGACAAUUUUUACAAAAAUUUUGUUUUUAAUGUGUUGGAUUUAUAGGAAUAUGUUUAAGGGUAGAUUCGCACACAUCCGUGACGUGACCGUAACGGGACAGUGCCGUAUCAGUGCUUCACCGGACCAUGAUUUCGACCGUUUCACUUCAUGUUCACAUAGCACAGUGACCAGAAUGACGGUAUUUUCCGACAGCGAACUGUUGAUAAUUGCUGUGAUCUUAUAUGAAGAAAACCAAGAGAAGAAGGAAACGGACACUACAAUAUAAACGCAGCGGAAGGGGAAUUAUUUACUCUAUAUAAAGAGUUGAUAGACGAUAAAAACAACUUUUUUGAAUAUUUCAGAAUACCGGUUGUGUUCCAUAUCCCAUUUUUAUAUUCCUUGUGCAUAUAAAGGGUGAUUAGGUGAAACGGUACGAUUUGACAACGCUGCUGACGAUAAAAUAGAGGAGCCUCGGGCUUGCGACGUAAACGUUUUGAAUGUAAAUGUGGGAAGUUCAGUUAUCAUGGAGGCAUAGUCUUGUGAACAACGCGUAUUUGCUGUGAAAGCUUAUUACAAUAAUGGUGAAAGUUUUGUGCGUGUACAACGAGCAUUUCGUUUACACUACCAUUUGCCGCCCCGUUCACAAGACCAAGUUACAAGACUUUGGUUAGGAAAUUUGAAAGUAGUGGUUCAACAUCACAAAAAAGUACCGGCAGUGUCAGAAAUGCUCGCACACCACAGAAUAUUGAAGCGGUGCCAAAUUCAUUACACGCGAGUCCUCGAAGAUCCCUGCGACGACUCACAUGUAAUGAAGUUGGCACCGCUUCAAUAUUCUGUGGUGUGCGAGAACUUGUGACACUGCCACUCUUUUCUGUGAUAUUGAACCACUACUUUCAAAGUUCCUAAACCAAGUCUUAAUAGCCAUGUUAAACGGAACUGCAGCGCGGGGCGGAAAAUGGUAGUGUAAACGAAAUACUCGUUGUACACUCGCAAAACUUUCACCAUUUUUGUAAUAAGCCUUCACAGAAAAUGCGCGUUGUUCACAAGACCACGCCUCCAUGAUAACUAAACUUCCUACUCUCUAGAUUCACAACGUUUACGUCGCAAGCCCGCGGCUCCUCUAUUUUAUCGUCAGCAGCGUUGUCAAAUCGUACCGUUUCACUGAAUCGCCUUGUACUUGAAAUUUGACUUUAAAAAAUACCAUUGGCUUUCAUUUCUAUGCCGAUUUUGUUCCAUAUCCCAUAUUUAUAUUCCAUGUCCAUAUAUUUUCAUUUGACAAAUCAAAAAGAACCGAAUUUUUACGCAUCAAUUCAAUUCAGCCGUGGUCCGUCAGUGAAAAAAAAAUAUCGACGUCGAGAAAUCUGUCGAUAAUGCGGUACGAUCACGUCGACAACACUGACAGCACAGUAUGACCACUGCGUAGGACAUGUGCGAAUUGGGCCGUUUAUCUAAACUAUCUAAAUUAUCUAAACGAGAUAAUUUUUGGUAGGCACUGGAAGGCUGUAUCAUCACUUGCGAUUGCUUUUCCAGAAGGAACCACGACUCUUAAACACUACGCGAUUUUCCCGCCUAUGCGCGGACUGGCCGCACGCGUCCCACGUUGGCAGGAUGCAUCUGCGCAGCAGGCGGGAUUUGUAUCCUCCUGGGAACCCGGGUAAACCCAGACCCCAUCCUUCCAGAAAUCCGUGUCAACAUGAAUUAAUUUUAGGGGCAAUAAGCCUUUAUUGGAUAGUGCAUGGCGCAAGACGAAGUACUUAUAUCCUGGAAACACCAAUGCCUCUGCGAGUCCGUAUUUAGAUAAGGAUAGCACAGUAGCGACACCGUGGGGCUUCACUCUUCCCGCAGUACCUGUCUUGCUACACGAACACCUAAGAUCGAGCAAACAAGUGAAGGCAGGUGAGAAUAAUGGCCCACCAUGCACUUUUGACAAGUCACUGCUGAGGAUUCCUUUUUCUAACAGCAGUAAAUAUAGCAGCAUAUAUAUCAUACUAACGGCAUUAGUAUGAUAUAUAUAUGCCAAAAAGUCAUAAUUUAAAAUAAAAAUCUCUCUGUAUAUGGUAAUUGUAUUGGCACCUAAAAAUAAUCGAAUCAAUAUUUCCCUUCGUUUUUCGCGAAAUGGGUUAUUAAUGCACUGAUCACUUAAAAUUAAUCGCAGACAUGAAAGUCUUACUAAAUAUUUAUUAUUAUAUAAAUGAUAGUAAAUGAUAAAAUCUAAAAAUAAUAUAAUCAAUAUUUCCCUUAAUUUAUUCCAGGGUCAAUGUCACUAGCCCAAUAUAUUAAGACAUUAGUUACUAGGGGGUCAUUUUAUGUAGGUAUAAGGGUUAUUUCUAUAAAUAAAUAAUUAUCAAAUUACAUUAAAAAAUUCAAACAAUGUUUGAUAUUGGAAAAUUCUUGAACGUACUCAAGCUCUCCUAACCUAUCAUAAUUUUCCUUAAACAAAACAAUAAUUGCCUAUGUGCUAUCCGUAUUAUACUACGGAAUGGAAGGGUGGACACUGAAGGAAAUUGACGUGAGGAGACUGGAGGCAUUCGAGAUGUGGAUGUACCGAAGAGUGCUGAAGAUCUCAUGGGUAAAUAGAAUAACCAACGUAGAGGUCAUGAGACGUAUGCAGAAGAAAAAAGAAGUACUUCUAACUAUUAAUCGCAGAGAAAACUGAGAUAUAUGAGACAUGUGAUGAGAGGAGAUAAAUAUCUAAUACUCCAGGUCACUAUGCAAGGAAAAAUCUAGUGAAAAAGAUCCAAAAGAAAGAUACGUCACUCAUGGCUCAAGAACCUUAGGGAAUUGUUUGGAUGUAAUAACAACGAUUUGUUUAACGAAGGCGGCACCUAAAGAAGAAGAAUAAGUUUCUUGGGUGAAACGAAUAUUAAUCCUCUUUAGUGAUACGUCCCAACUAAGCGUCUCACCCACGUCUUCAUUGGCCUUUCUCUGCUACUCCUACCAAGAACUAUCAGAUCAGAGAUUCUUCAUAUUGGAUGAUUAGCGUCUCGACGUUGAACAUGCCCGAACCAUCCUGACCUAUGCUCGUUCAUUUUGUCUUCAAUUGGUGUAACCACGAGACUUGUCCUAAUAUACUAUUAUUCUUCAUUUUCGCCUUUUUUUGUCACUCCACUCACCCAUCUAAGCAUUCUUAUGUCCAUCAUAUCCACCACCAAUAAUAUUCAUUAAUCUUGUGAAGGCAUAUGAUACAGAUUCUAAAAAGAUUCUGUGAUGGGAGUUCAAUAAUGUUUUACUUAACAUAUACGCUGCAUAUCCAGCAGCGUUGUAAACAGUUUUAGCGAGGUUUUAUCAACUUGUUCUUCAUGUUCUUUGCAUUUGGAUUUUUAUAUAUUUGUUUAAUAAUCAAUAUUGUAUAUUUGUGGUCUACUUUACGAAAUCAGAUAAUUUUGUUGUCUUGGUACACCGAGUCAAACGCUUGUUAGGCUUCCACAAAUAUUAAAAAAGGCCAGUGUAUUGUUGUAUUCCACUAUUUUCCUUUAAGCAUUUUCAUAACUAGUAAGUGGUCUUUAUAAGUCAACCCUAUCUGAAACUUGUUUGUUCUUUAGGUUGAUACUUUGAGAGGAUUGACAUUGGCACCUUUGAGAGUUAAUAGCCGUACCUACAACAUGAAUGUUAAUUGCAGUUUGCAAACCUUAACAUAAUGAAUACCCACCUUCUUCACAAUAAGUCCAGGUAGAAAAUGGUCGUGGGUCAUGUCUCUGAAAAUGAAAUAUAUAUGACAUAUUAUCUAAUCGAAAAGAAAUAGUCCAAACGUGAAUGCGUUGUAUAAAUUUUCAGUAGGCAAUGACCACUAAGCUGUGAGAGAAAAAGAAAAAACUAGUGAUAAAUGUAGAGAAAGGAAAUACUAGACUCGUAAUAAAAAAGAAGUUAUAAGAAAGUAGACAUUUCCAGAAAACUCUUCCAAAUGCUCAAAGUAUGUGGAGGACUAAAAUAGAAGUUUAGAAGGAGGUUUUGUUUGUAUUAUUAAUAAUUUAAUGUGUAAAUUAUGUUUUGUCUGGUUCGUUCAUUUUUAAAAUGUCAAUUUCAAGUACUAUUACUUUUUAUUGAUUUUAUUGAUGUAAUGUUCGUCCGCUAUAACUUUUCCCAUGCGUCACGAUUCAUUUUCAAACAAAUUAAGUCAAAACAUAAAGUGAAACGUACGCCGAUGUGUGUAGUAUAUAUGUAGUAUACAGUAUACAAAAUGUAUAUACACAUCGACGUUCGUUUCACUUUUGACUUAAUUUGUUUGAAAAUGAAUCGUGACGCAUGGGAAAAGUUAUAGCGGACGAACAAUAAUAGACUUUUAUUAGUUUAUUGUGACAUUUUUUUACGUGGAAGAGGCUAUAAACUAUAGACUAUAGUCUACAGUUAUAUCUGUGAGAAUUAGGAACGAGAAAUUUAAAUAAACAGAAUAAACGUAUAUUAAUAAUUAUUUUACAAAAUAAAAAUUCUGUUAAUAAUAAUAACAAAAAGUAUACAAGUACUUUAUAAUUUUUCUUCUAAAAGGCAAUUCAAUAAUAAAAUAACAACACACACUGUUGUGGUAAGUAGUUACCUAACUAAAUUCAAUUUUGAAAUAUUGUUCAAUAGUUCAUAUAGGCUCACUUAGUCUUCCUAUUUCUCAAUGUUAAAUUUUCAAAUUGUCUUUAUAUACUCAAACUAGACUGCACUUAUAGACUUUUUGUAUCUGUGAUUACAUGUUUCUCUAUAUAUUUGAGUAGGUACAUAUAUAAAAGUAAAUGUAUAUCAAUUGAAUAAAACUAUAUCAAACUGU